AGUUACAGGGGACAUUCUGUUGCAGGCCUACCCGACGUUCGGUAAUCUAAUCUGCAAACCCGCCAACCCUUAUUUUGAUAAAUACCGUUUAAUUUGUCUUGCUUGUGAUUGUCCCUGUGGCCCCAUUUACUUAAGGUCGGCGACUUUGUUCGGUCGCUGCGGUUUCAUUCAUGAUUUGUUAUGUCCUCGCCUAUCAUACUCAACGUUGUCCAAAUACAUAUUCGUAUGCCGCUUCAACCAUGUCUCCCACUACGACAAAACAGCGUGUCUAAGAGUAGUCCGUUUAAUGUUUUAGAGGUUCGGUACAUGUUGAACUCGAAUAAUAUCCUCAGUUUCAAUUUCAAUAUCUCCAGAUCGAUGAUGGCUUUCUAAGUUUCAUGGGUUUGGUUUGCCUUAGAUUUGAAACGGGUGUCACUUCCCUCUGAAUGCAAAUGUACCUACAGCUAAGUAAGUAGUACACUUUCACGUAUGAGAAGAAAACAUAAUUAAUACUCGACUUGAGCGCCCGGCAGCACUCCUCCCACUAGGAUCACCCACCCCCGGCACGCACCUUCUCAACCCCGGCGCGAUUCCGCUUCCCCGGCUCCUCCCCCGCCCGCCAACCGUCUGGCGGCGUUGGUCGUUGGGGCAAGAGCUGGGCGGGGGACGGCGUGCGGCCAUUGAUUAAAGAGGCACAGGCCGAAGCCGCUGGCCUGUCGGUGUGCUCUUCUUUUGGUAGGUUUGGCCUUCUUUGGGUGCAAGUUGCAGCGCUCUGCUUUGCAACUUGUCGAGUUUCCUCUUCUUGUGAUACAAUCAAAAACCUUGGGAGGGAAUUGCCGCGCUUUGUUUUUAUUGGAUAUAGUCAAAAGCUUUGGGCUUUCGGUCGCAAGACAAGUUUGGAACUUUGAGAUAUUGAGGCGCAGCCUUUAGUCUUAAGCGUUCAGCUUUGGACUUUUAGCCUGGGACUUUCAGCUUGGCGCUUUCCGCUUUGAGCUAGCGUUCAACCUUGAGCUUCAACUUUGCGCUUUGAGUUUUGGACUUUCGAUCCUGAGUUUUCCACCUUGAGUUUUCGGCUUUGCGCUUUCAGUUUCGAUUUUUCAACUUUGGGCUUUCAGCUUUGAGCCUUCGACAUUGAGGUCUUCAGCUUUGAGCUGUCAGGUGUGAGCCGGCUUUCAGCUUGACACUUUAAGGCUCAGAGCUAACCAAUUCGUUCGCUUUUUUUCAAUUUUUUGAGUUCAAACCGUAAAAGUUUUGGCUUUAUCGCGUAGCUAAGUUUUAAACUUAGCGCCCAUCUGCGUGAAGUCAGGGCUAACUGAUUCCCAGGCAUUUCCUCAAUUUUGUGGGUUCAAAUUGUUUUGUAUAGGUUUUGACUUUAUCGCGUAGGCUUUAACUUUCGCGCCCAUCUGCGUGAGGUCAGGUCUAACCAAUUCGAAUUCCCAAGCCUCGCAAGCUCAGCAGCUUGCAAGUUCAUAAGUUCACGCGUGCCGCUCGUGAUGAUGAUGAUGAUGAUGAUGCAAGCCUGCAAGCCUGCACGCCCCCCGAUCGGUUGGGGUGGGGUGCGCAAGUUCGUAAGUUUCUAAGUUCGUAGUGGCUCAUAAGCUCAGAACUUCGGAAAGCUUGGAAAUGGGAAGGUCGGAAGGCUUGGAAAGUUUCGAAAGUUUGGCAAUUUUAGUUAUUUCGGAAAGAUUGGAAAGCUUGGAAAAUUCUGAAGGUGCGGAACGUUUGGAAAGGCCGGAAAGUUUGGGAAGCUUCAUCGAAAGUUGGGGAAGCUGGGAAGGCUGGGAAAGCUUGGCAAGUUUGGAAAAGUUCGGAAAGGUCGGAAGUUCAUGAGUCAGAAGAGGAAGACCGAGUUUGGGGCUCGGAAGUGGGGGAGUGAGAGUUUGGCGGGGUCGUUGUUGUUUUGUAAUUUAGCUCUUUAUUAUGGCUAAAGCGUCAGCGAGCGCGAGUAUAGUCCUGCCACGCGCCUAGCAUAAGCUAUAAGGAUACGGAUAGUAAAAUCAGAAAGCUUCAAGCGUAUA